AAAGUUGACAAACUUCAAACAUCCCUUUGUUUCUUGUUAAAGAAAAUGUGGUAUUUGUGACGAAGAUGUCUCUCUGGAAAAAAUCAUUAUUGAUAUUCGUAUUUCUUCGUUCGAAUUUUGCAAUAUGAUUAAUGUGAAAUUUGUCUGUGAUCAGUGACCCGAAUGUUUGUGACAACGUAAAUUACUACAUAUUGAAUGAAUCAUCUAACAGUUUAAUUAUCUAACAGUGGCAAUGUCCGAGGCGAAUGUUCGAGACGACGAUGCUCUACCCAAAGGGAGGGUAACUGAAGUAUGCCAGGAGUGGAUGGUGAGAGAAGAUGGGGCCCUAGCAUAUCGUUUACAGAACCAAGAAAUCACGGACCAUCUCUCAGGAAAUCGAUUCCGUAACGCUGUAGUCCGCGAAGACUUCCCUAGAGCUAAAAGCGAGCAGCUUAGAGAGCAACGUUUAGCUGAACAAACUGCAUUAAUUUAUCAACGUAUGUUAGCUGAGCAAGAAGAGCAGGAUAACAAGGUUGCUAGACAGCUAGCGGAGCAGCUGGAGCGUGAAGAACGAAACAAGCGACGACUGUUGGAAAUACAUGACCAAGAUGUGGCAAGGCAGCUUUUACAUAGAGAAAGAGUCAAUGUUGAAAGACAACAAAUGUUAUCUUGUCAAAGACCACCACCACCUCGUAAUUAUGAACAAAACAUAUCUCCUCAUAGACCAGAUUCAUAUAAUUAUCAAGCUAACUUACCUAGAAGGCAGGCUAAACCAAUGCCGCUUCCUCAGACUUUUCAAAAUGAGGUUUCUGAUUUAUACACAGAGCCCUAUCGUAGCCCCGAAGUUCUUGCUAAACAACUAGAUAGAAUUGAUAUUGCUGAAGUGGGUCUUCCACUUGAUGAAGUGGCAGAGAAACAGCUUCAGGAGGAACGAGAUGCCGCAUUAGCACGUCAGUUGCAAGAACAAGAAGGUUCCUUAGAAGAUAGUUUGUUAAACCGAGACCGAAUGCUAGCAAUUGAAGCUCAAGAUAAGGAACUGGCUAAGAUGUUGCAAGAAAGAGAAAGGAGCAAAGCUAGACGGGCUCGUGAACGCGCUAAACAAAAAGCCCUUGCAAAGAAACAACAGUUGGAAUCACAACAAGGUACUACUAAUCAAAUCAUGCCCGAUGAUUCUUAUUCAUAUCCAGCGGAUUUAAUACCGCCUAGAGCUUCUAUUCCAAGAAAUCAUGCAUCUGAUACGUAUGCACUACCAAAUCAAAAUGAAGAUGAUAUUAAUUACAGUUUACCUGCUGAUGUUAUACCUUCACAUAGUUUAAUAGACAAUAAUAUGAAAUCAAAUUAUAGCCCCCAGAAAAGCUAUGAGCAACGGUAUGCCUUAAAUGAAAAAGUACUAAAUAGUGCUGACUCAAGUGUUCGUCCGUCCUUUGAUACUGAUAGAAGCAAGGAAAAUACUCCAGCUGUUAGACCAACCCAGCUGGAUUUGAAAUCUCCAUUGAAUCGAAUAAACAAGCCAAGAUAUCCUGAACCAGAAAGCUGUGAUAACGCAAGCGGGCACUCAACGUCUCCUGGUUCUCAACAUAUCAAUAUAGCAAUGGCCAUUGACCCAACAUAUCCUAAAAGAGGAAUGCACUCUUCUUCCAGUUUUGAUACUUCUUCCAGUACUGUUACUACAAGUACAUCUAGUAGUAGCCCUGGUAUAGUGUUGCCCCCACCAGAUAUUGCGGAACUAGAUGAUGAUAGCAAUAUUCCUCCAUAUAUGCCUAUUCAAGGACAACGCAGGACGGCGUCCUUGGAAAAGAAACAAAAGAAGAAAGGCAAAGAUGGUGGUUGUAAGCAGCAGUAAUCAUUUUCCAAAGUUUUUAUAGUUUAUAUUUUCAUUAAUUUAUUUCUAUACUCAGCAGAUCUUCUAUGGAUAUAUCAGAUUAGACAAUAUUUCCAGUAUCUUUUUUUUAUGUUUAAUAAUAUUCACAUACCAAAAUAUACAUGCUCAAUAUAUAUUUUAUAAGGAUGAAUUAUGACAAUUAUAUUUAUAGUGAUAUUACACAAUUUGGUAGCAGGUUUUAUAAUCUAUUAUGUUUUUUGUACUUCUUUUUAUAAAUUAAACAUUUUUCAAGUU